AAUAAAAAGGUGUCCCAUCUUCCCCGACCCAAUUAUUUGCGCUUAAGGCAAGCAAAUCCAAUACAUCACGGUAAGUUAAAUCAUAAUUGGCGUUGUUACGUACACCUGUUUUUAAUAGAUGACGUCAAAAGAUGUGACGUCACGAAGUGGUGAGGGCGCAACAGAAGAACCCACUUCAACAUGGUGUGUGACGUCACAGAGUCCAGCGACCGUACACUGCUAUACCGGAAUGAAGAAAAGUCAAGAGACAAAGCUGCAAAAGAGAAGCGCAAGAUGGAGAACAAAGAUAAGGACGCCGAUAAAGGAUACUGGUUUGAGAAGGCAGCUCAAAAGUGGAAUUUUUGCAAUGAAACUUUUUGUGAUCUUUUUGUGAUGUACUGCAUAUGUAAAUAAAUUAAACUAAAUUGAAGUUUAUUUUGAUAUUAUCAUUUUGGGAAACAAAGUUUAAACGCAUCAUUUUGGGAAACAAAGUUUAAACGCAAGUAGGUCGAUUUUUGGUUCGCGCGUUGGCAGUAGAGGUGCACUGGCUGCGUCACAAGAAAUCACACGGUUUGAAUUUGUACUUCUUCCAAAUAAAACUUGUUUGUGUGGUGGGGUACUGAAGGACUAAAUCGUAGGUUCCUUGGUAUGCCUCACUGUAGGACCUUACCCAUAUAGAAUUUAAGUGCAUAUACAAUGUUGGGGUAAUGGGCCACUCUGCCCUAAAUCCCAGGUCUUAUGGCAUGCUUCACAGUAGAACUUCACCCGAACAAGCAGGAGUUGGGUAAACCCAUGUUAUAACCAGUAAUUUAUAUCUGGUGUAUGAAAACUAAAUUUAGCAUUUUAAUGUCCUGCCCUAAAACAACAAUCCAGAACCUCUCCUAAAUGUUGUAUAAGACCUUGUUUAUUCUCAUUAAAAACAUAUGUUGUUUUACACAUCACGUUUUCUCUUUAUUGUGGACAAUACAAAAUCCGUUGCUGGAAAAAAACAUAAGUAAUAGGUAUAGUUAGCAAUAGUGAAGCAACAUUUGAUAAGGAGGUGUAAACUUGGAAGUAGUAUGAUAUACAGUAUUUGUGA